ACAGGAAUAGCCUGACAAACAGUUUAAUUGUUACUUAAUUCGAGUGUCAUCAUGGCGCAACGACACAAGGAAAUGAUGCGCCUUUCGCGACAAAUCAAAUCGAAAUUUCCGCAUCGCGCCUUUCGCGAUGUCACCUUCGAUCGGGAGCUGAUACGCAAGAGCAUCACUCCACUGAGCUACGAGGAGGCGCGACGCGUUAAGGGCCCGGUCUUUGAGGCACUCGAGGAGGAGCUGCGCUGCGCCGGAUGUCACAUGUUGCCGGAAUUCCUGCGCUGUCUGGCCGGCAAGGAGCAGAGCCUCUACGACAGCCUCAACAUUCGGGAGCGAAUCACCGACGAUCGCCCGCUGCUGUACGCCGUGAUUGAAAAUCUGAAGCAGGCCGAGCUGGCAGUGCGCCGGCACAAGCUGAAGGGCUUGAAGGACUGCUUUUCGCUGUUCUACCAGACGAUGGUGCUGCUGGAGCCACAUCGAGAGAAGUACAGCUACGCCCUGACCUCUGUGCUGGAGCACAUUGUGGGGCUGUGCCGCAACAUCGAAGGCCAGGAGCGGGAUGCCGCCGAAAUGGUUGCCCGCAUCUACUACACCUACGCCAUGUACCUGGUGCGCCUGGGACAGCGCUCCUAUGCCAUCAGCUACUUCCAGAUUGCCAUGAGCUUGGUGCGUGGCCACGUGUGGACCGCCCAGCCUGACAUGCGCGCCGGCAGCCAGACGCUGCACGAGCUGGUGGCGCAGGAUCUCGCCCGCCAGCUGCUCAUUCACGGCAAGCAGAUUGUGCGCCAGCAGCCGCAGGAGGCGAUUGACAUAGCACGCAGGGCCACAGUUCUCAUUGCGGAAAUUGGCAGGGAGAAGAAUUUGGACAUCUUCUGUGACACCUUCCUGGAGCGUGCCUACUUUCUGAUGGAGAGCGGCAACUACAACGCCGCACAGCAGUGCCUGGAGCAGAUCAGACCCCAAAUCAUAGCCUGCACAGACUACAAGUUCGUCAAGCUGAACAUCAAGUAUUAUCUCUUCCACGGACAGUGCGCCGAGAUCCUUGCGAACCCCGAUAAAGCCAUUUCCAGCUACAAGAAAGCUCUACGUCUCUCGCGCUUGUACUCCCACAAGGACACGGAGGCCGAGAUUCUGCUACAUCUGGGCAAAAUAUUCGCCAAGGAUACACAAAAGACGAGCAUUGCCAAGUGCUACGAGCAGGCCAAGCGCAUCUACGUGGACUUCAACGACGAUCACAGCCUGAAGACGACAAACUAUUUGCUGGCCAAGCUGAUGGCCGAUGAGAUCACGCCCCUGUAUAUGGCCAUGCUGAAGUCCUCCACGACGCGAUACUGCGCCUUCUUCAAUCUGCGCCAGUGGAAGAACCGCUGCCGCCCCUUCUGGAAGAAGCUCGGCGAUGAGGUCAUCAAGCAGGAGACCGACGACAUUUACUGCCUGCUCGAUGAGGAAAGGGAGGACCCGGCCAGCGAAGGCUGCUACACGGACAUGGAUCGCCAGGUCUUCAAGCUGGAGGAGGGCGAUUUGUGAGACUUCUGCGACUUCCCUGACAUGACAUGAAAAUUCUAUUUGUUAUUGUUUAUUUGCUAAUUGCAAAGAUUAAAGUGUUUUGGCAAUCAUU